UUUUUUUAUUUUAUUUUAGAGAGAAAAAAUUGUGUCUUUUAGUGGGGUCGGAGGUUCGAACCCGCUCAGGUCCCUAUUUUAUUUUAACUGAAAUUUUUUUUGCGGAUUGUCCGAAAAUAGUAAAAUGUCUGUCGCUAAGGGGGUUCGAACCCUCUCAGGGGAAAAAAUUUUUUUAUUCAAAAUUUAAAAUAGAUCCCAGUUUACCAAAUUAAUUUUUUUCACGUCUUAAAAAUUAUUUUUUUAAUUUUGCCUUUUGUUUUAUUCUAUUUACUUUUUUGUUUAUAAAUUAAAAUUAAAAGCCAAAAAUUUUUUCUUUAAUUUGAAAUAAAAUUGAUUAUUUAUUUUUUACAUUGCUUGUUACGAUUUUAGACGUUAUGAAAUUUUGUCUAUUUUUUCCAUUUGUCGUUGUACAAAUUUAUCGCUUACGGUCUAAUUACCUUUUUGGCUGUGCCAUUUUUGUCCCCAAUACCUUUUUUGUCUCUGUUCCUUUUUGUCUCUGUUCCAUUUUGUCCAACGUGCCAUUUUGUCACAUGUACCGUUUUGUCAAAGACCAUUUUGUCUCAGUUCCUUUUUGUCCAAUGUACCAUUUUGUUCAGUUUAAUUAAUACCCCUUAGAGUCUGAAGAACCCAACCAGCAUUUUAGAGUCUCAACUAAUUUAAAAUUUUUAGAAAUUUCCAUCUCUAGAAUGGAAACGAACAGAAAAGAUUCUUCUUCAUUACAAAUAUUAAUUAAUAAAUUUAUUUCAACACAUGAAGGACGAAAGAUUGUUUUAGUUACAAGUGGUGGAACAAGAGUGAAAUUAGAAGUAAAUGCUGUCCGUUCAAUUGAGAAUUUUUCAAUGGGCACGAGGGGCGCGGCGAGUACUGAGUAUUUUUUGGAGAAAGGAUAUGCUGUUAUUUUUUUCCACAGAGAAGAAUCUUUAAAGCCUUAUUCUCGUAGAUAUCUUCACUUUUUUGAUCACUUGGAUGUGACAGAUGAAGGGAAAGUUGAAAGUGAGUCAUUUUGUCUUUUGUACUUGUAGGCAUUUUGUCGGUUUUUACACUAGUAGGCAUUUUGUCCAUUUUUAUACCUGUAGGCAUUUUGUUUAUUUUUACACUUGUGGGCAUUUUGUCCAUUUUUGUACUUGUAGGCAUUUUGUCUAUUUUUAUAACUGUAGGCAUUUUGUACAUUUUUAUACCUGUAGGCAUUAUGUCCAUUUUUAUACCUGUAGGCAUUUUGUCCAUUUUUAUACCUGUAGGCAUUAUGUCCAUUUUUAUCCCUGUAGGCAUUAUGUCCAUUUUUAUCCCUGUAGGCAUUUUGUCCAUUUUUCUUUUUGUAGGCAUUUUGUCCAUUUUAUACUUGUAGGCACUUUGCCUUGCUCUAUUUGUAGGCAAUUUGUCCAUUUUUAUACCUUUAGGCAUUUUGUCUUUUUAUACUUG